UUAAAGAAGCGAGAGCGAGCGACACAAAGACACACGUUAUCCAGAGAGAAGGAGACAAUAGACGGGUAGGAUAGAGAGAGGGAUAACGUGAGACUUCACCUCUGCUCCAGGAGGUCCUAUGGGCUUUGGGUGGAAAUUGACAAGGUGACCAGAGGGCGGGGGUAUGGCUGCUCUUGCCAGUUCUCUGAUUCGGCAGAAGCGAGAGGUGAGAGAAUCGGUGGGACCUCGCCCUGCACCCCCCCAGAGAAAGGUCUGCCCCCGAGGAACCAAGUCACUCUGCCAAAAACAGCUCCUCUUCCUGGUCUCCAAGGUGCGAAUGUGUGGGAGCCCCCGGGGAUCGCUGAACAAGGACCCUGGUAAGAAGGAAAGAAAUAUAGAGCCUCAGCUGAAGGGGAUUGUAACCCGCUUACUCUGCAGAGUGGGCUUUUAUCUUCAACUUCUUCCUGAUGGAACCAUACAAGGGACCAAGGAGGAAGGAAACUCGCACACUCUUUUUAAUGUCAUCCCGGUGGGUCUUCGAGUUGUGGCCAUACAGAGCUCGGCUUGUGGUCAAUAUGUGGCCAUGAAUUCAGAAGGACAUCUCUACAACUCAACUCAUUUCACUGCUGAGUGUCGUUUCAAAGAAGGCGUAUUUGAAAAUUAUUUUGUAACAUACUCAUCUACGUUGUACCGUCAGCGUGGCUCUGGGAGGAGUUGGUAUUUGGGCAUUGCCAAGGAUGGAAGCACCAUGGAGGGCAACCGUGUUAAAAGGCACCGUCCAGCUUGCCAUUUCCUUCCGAAACUUAGCGAGGUCGCACUCUAUAAAGAACCGUCUCUUCAUGAUGUUGUAAAACCACCACCGAAUAUAAGACUAACUGCAAAACCAAGCGCUAGACUAAGGGGCGCUCGGUGAGAAGAGGUCAUCGAGUGACAGGAGAGAGGCUGUGGGAAGAUAUGGAAGGGUUGGAUUAAUAUUAGAAUGAGUGAUCUAUAAUGUAGGACAAUGGGAUUGGCAAAAAAGAGAUAAAGAGGAUAGCCAUUACCAAUCUACUCAUGGCCUUUUUUUUCCACCAAGCAUAAAUCCAUAAACCCAUUUAUUCCGCUCUAGCUCCACCAUACACUUCAAAAUAGGAAGUUAGUUCAACUGAGGGAGGAGAAUGCUUGAUGGGUGUUGAGGCACAGAAAGACAAAGACUGA